AUGAUCAGGGAGUUCGAGUUCUACGUUGGCUUCAGCACGGACCAGAGGCCAGGUGCUGGAGCUGUUCUUGGCCAGCUCUUCUUGGACAUCGAGACCCAGGUGGGUUCACCCUUCAGGACGUUGAGAGUGAACGUCUGCGAUGACAUCUACGGCUGGCGAGCGACAGGUACGAUCUCCACCACGGAGGUACACGGGCGCGACACCGAAGCACCGAUACCGUCAUCGAGAAUGACGAAUACGCGUCUCUUCCAGUACGGAAUCACGCAGGAGAUCCUAGUCUCGGAGAUCCCACUGGGGUUCUGGGGGAAGGAUGAGGCCUCCUUACGAGCGACGAAGGACUUGGACGAGUGGUCCAACACGCUGGAGGAGAUCCAGAGCAAGAAGGAGUCGGCUGCAGUUCCGACUCCAGCUCCACCAGGGCCAUCUGCGGCGCCUACACCGAUUCUGAAGGUCAAGGAGGAAGUCAUCUCGGAGGAGGCGGAGGGUACUCAGCCGCAGAACCAGGAGGCCUCGGAGGAUGUGGAGAUCUACACGCUAAAGGACAAGAAGAAGGAGAAGAAGAAGUCGGCCAAGAAGCGCAAGAAGGAGAAGCGGCAGGGCAAAUCUAAGACCAGCUUGGAAGUGUUCAGCAUGGCGGACGACGGGUUCGAGUCUGCAGAUGGCUGGGCGCAGUGGCACAACGAUGAGGCGGAGUUCGACGUGGACAACAGCGGCUCCACUUUCAGCAAGAACUACAAGGACUUUGAUGGCGACAUUAAGGAUGGUGAGAUCAAGCAUGGCCUGCCGAUGAUUCCAGAGUUUCCGAAGCUGGAGGAGGUGGAGGUCGGCAAAGGCAUCGAGAAGGAGAAGCUCGCCGACCAGGGCGACGAGGCGGGGGUCAGCACACUCUCCCUCUCGGCCUUCCUCGGGCUGCUCGAGAAGCAGGGGUCCCUGGAAGGGAACGUCAGCGCAGACGACCUCAUGCACGGCCUGGACCUGCUCUCCGAGAGCAGCAAGGUGGCAGGGCACGACGGCAAGCGGCUGAGCCCCGGUGUCUCCGCGUUGCGGGCGUCCGCCAGGAGCUCGGCUGAGUGCGGUUCGUCGCCGUCGACGGCCAUCGCGCGCGGCGGCAGCUCCAGGAGCGCGGCCGCGAAAACCCACUGGGCUGCGACCGCGGCCAGGCCGAUCCAGCAGCGCAGGCACGCCACCUGCGCAGACGCUCGGAGGCGCCGCGGCGAGCUGCGGGCCUUGGCCCUGGCGAGCAGCUGGACGAAGAUCAGAGCCUUCUCUGACCACCUGCCACCGACUUCCAGACCCAGAACGACCAGCCAGCAUCCUCGACCCGAGGAGCUCGGGGCACGUGGCCCCUCUCUGGCCCCGCGCGACCGCCAGCUAGGUACCGUCUUGGUCCGAGGCUCCGGGCUGCGCAGCGCCGUCCGCUCGAACGGGCAACGCCAGGGUCGCGUCGAUCGCAAGCUGGGCUCGGCCCCGCAGCGGCAGGCCAUUAGCGAUCACCUCGAGCUUGCACCCACCGAGGGGGUCGACGCCGUCGACGUCGAGGACGAAUCAAGCCGCAAGCGCCUGACAAGCAAGACUCUGGUUCUGCUGGCAGCGCGCGGGGGCGAGCGCGACGGCGCCGGCGAUUACCCGAGCCUCAGCAAGAGCUGCCAGCAGCGCCUCAGAGCUGGCUCGAACCAGCGCUGGCCACGAGCACAGCACGCCGAACAGCGCGUGCACACCCGGGACCGACCAGGCCAGUGGGCCACGGAGCCCGCCCACGCUUUGGAGCUACACAACCAGGAGCGCACCAAACACACGCGUGACCCUGGUGGACAGCCGCUGCCGCUCGAGGCGGGCGGCCGAUGA